AGAUUGGAACAGUCCUUCGGCGGCACUCGAUGACGUAGCAUCCUUGAAAUAUUGGCUUGGAAGCCAAAAUCCUCGCGAUUGAGAAACGGCCUGUGUUUCUUCCUCCUGUUUGACAGCAGCUCCGGGGCGGAGACAGGGAGGAGGAGGAGAAAGAGGCGGAGGAAGAGGAAGAGGGGUGCGGACUGCUACCGGACAGGACUGUGCGGAAAGCAGAAACUGGAAUCUUCCUCCUUGGCUGGGCGGAGGGAGGAGGUGGUAGACGGUGUUUUUAGGGAGGCUAACACUGAGAUUGGAGACCUGGAGCUCCGUCUGACAGCAUCAACAUGGAGCUGGAAAACAUCGUGGCCAACACGGUGCUGCUGAAGGCACGGGAAGGAGGCGGCGGGAACAGAAAAGGAAAAAGCAAGAAAUGGAAGCAGCUGCUUCAGUUUCCCCACAUAAGUUUGUGUGAAGAACUGCGACAAAGCACAGAAAAGGACUACGGCAGCCUCUGUGAGCGGCAGCCUAUCGGACGCUUUUUGUUCCGGCUGUUCUGCGAGACCCGACCUGAACUGAGGCGCUGCGUCAAGUUCCUGGAUGCUGUGGCGGAGUACGAGGUGACUCCAGAUGAGAAGAGGAAGGAGUCCGGCCUGGAACUAGUCGACAAAUACUUCAACCCAAAGUCGGAGGACCACGUGCCUGAGGUGGAAGACGCCAUGAUGGCUCAGUGCAACGAGAGGCUGCAACAGGAGGCCUGCAAAGAGCUCUUCAAGGACUGUACCAAAUUGAUCCACGACUACCUGAGCGUGGCUCCCUUCGCUGACUACCUCGACAGCAUGUACUACAACAGGUUCCUCCAGUGGAAAUGGCUUGAGAGGCAACCAGUUACGAAAAAUACAUUCCGACAGUACAGAGUUUUAGGGAAAGGAGGCUUUGGAGAGGUGUGUGCGUGUCAGGUACGGGCCACGGGGAAAAUGUACGCUUGUAAGAAACUGGAGAAAAAGAGAAUAAAGAAAAGGAAAGGAGAGUCCAUGGCGCUCAAUGAGAAACAGAUCCUGGAGAAAAUCAACAGCAGAUUUGUAGUCAGUUUAGCGUACGCUUACGAGACGAAGGACGCUCUGUGCCUGGUGCUGACCCUGAUGAACGGGGGGGACCUGAAGUUCCACGUCUAUCACAUGGGCGACGCCGGCUUCGACGAGAAGAGAGCCGUGUUCUACUCUGCAGAGAUCUGCUGCGGGCUGGAGGAUCUGCACCGAGAACGCAUCGUCUACAGAGACCUCAAACCAGAGAACAUCCUGCUGGACGACCACGGCCACAUCCGGAUCUCAGACCUGGGUUUAGCGGUUCAUGUUCCAGAAGGACAGAGCAUCAAAGGACGGGUGGGAACCGUAGGAUACAUGUCUCCGGAGGUGGUGAAGAACGAGCGCUACACGUUCAGCCCCGACUGGUGGGCGUUGGGCUGCCUGCUGUACGAGAUGAUCGAGGGCCAGUCUCCCUUCCAGCAGAGGAAGAAGAAGAUCAAGAGGGAGGAAGUGGAGCGGCUAGUGAGGGAGGUGGAGGAGGAAUAUUCCAGCAAGUUCUCCGAGGACGCCAAGUCCCUGUGUCGAAUGCUUCUGGCCAAAGAGCCCUCAGAGAGGCUGGGAUGUGAGCAAGGGGGAGCCUCGGAGGUCAAAGCCCAUCCCCUCUUCUGCUCCAUCAACUUCAAACGCCUCGCUGCCGGCAUGCUGCAGGCGCCAUUCAUUCCUGAUCCGCAGGCCAUCUACUGUAAAGACGUGCUGGACAUCGAGCAGUUCUCCACAGUGAAAGGAGUGGAGCUGGAGCCCAAAGACGCGUCCUUCUACAGCAAAGUGUCCACGGGCAGCGUGUCCAUCCCCUGGCAGGACGAGAUGAUCGAGACAGAGUGCUUUAUGGAGCUGAAUGUUUUCCACCAGGACGGGACGGUUCCUCCAGACCUGGACUGGAGGGGACAGCCGUCUCCUCCGCCCAAACAGGGUCUGCUGCAGCGGCUCUUCGGCCGGCAGGACUGCUGUGGUAACUGCAGCGACAGCGAUGAGGAGCCCACCAGGCUGUGACAAACACACACACACACACACACACACACACACACACACACACACACACACACACACACACACACAGGAUCUAAUUUGUUUACAACUUUUGCACAUUUGUAUUUUUAACAUAGUACUAUCUCUAAAUGUCAGAAUGUAUAUUUUCAACAUAACCAUAAUGUUAAAUGUUAUUUAAAAAAUAAAAAGUUGUGAAAAAUUACUGGUUGACGCGUUCCAAACGAGGAGACGGGAACUUACGGAAGAUGAACAGAUAUUUUUGUUUUUGUUUUUUGCUUUUGUUGAUUUUUGGAAGGCUUUAUUUUUUCACAUCCACUUAAACACAUGUCCAUCUCACUGAUCUGGAAGCUGCUGCUGGAGCAGAUCCACUGAAACGCUUGCUGUAAAAGUGCCUUGCUGUAGGGCACUGUGGCAGACUAACGGAGGACUGAGCGUACUUUCCCCACUUUGUCCAGGGAAUCAAACCUGUGACCUUCAGCUCAUGAACUCUGACCACUUUUCUUCUUCCUUCCAUUCUGCUGAAAUAAACCUCACUGCUCUUUCUUCUAUUUAAUGUUUUAAAAUGAACUUUGCUUAGUUUUUAAAUGGAGAUGCCAGGGCCAAGAAGUUGUCUCUAUCUGCAGAUAUUUUUACAUCAAUAGUAUUGUUGUUUUUCUUUGAUUAAGGAUUUCUUUACACUGUAACUUGCGUUAGUGCAGCUCCUCUUAUUAUUGUCAAGAGUGUGUUUUUCUUAUAGAUACAACAGUUGUUUGGUCCAUUUUUACAGAAACUCUGAGACUUCAAUUAAUAAUUGUCAUGCUCUGGAAAAUUAGGCUAACAUUGGAUUUUCACUAGGUCCAUAAGUUUCAGUUUCUGGACUUCAGACAGUCCUUUCAUUUAGUCAGUUGUUGAUUUUCAGAUACAUUUGACUGACAGAGCUACUCAUUUUAAACCCUUUUUUGGCAAAGAGUUCAGCACACAGUUUAAUCUGUUGGAAGAACAACGUUUACAUAUUUGCAUGUUGAGCUAACCUGCAAAACUUGUUAUUCAAAUAAGUCGAUGUUCGAUCAGAAUCCUAGUAUUUAGUUGCUACUUUCAGUAAUUAGCAUUUAUUUAAGUUGCGUUCCAAACACAGCAUUUGUUACCACUUGUCUCUCAGGGUUUCUGUAGAAUGUAUUCCUUUACGCAAUUUUAUCCUCUCUCUCCCGCUAUGUGUCUUUUCUUCAUGUUCAUAUGUUCUCCCUGCUGGUAGACCAUGUCAUGUAUGGGAGUAACAAAGCAAGAGUAACUCGAGCUUUGGGGAUAAAUACUGAGACUGCAGGGAAACGCCUCUGUUGCAGUCUUCUUCAAACAGAAUGGCCUCUGAUUGUAAAGCUAUUAAAAUGAAAUACCUCUGAAUGUA